UGGGGCGGAAGUGGAGGCGGAGGGAGACGGCGGCGUCCGCAGGGCUCGGGCUUCCCCGGGCAAGGCCCUGGUGGGCUUAAGGUAGGGGGAGGGGGCGGAGGAGGAGCCCGCGGCCCGGGCGGCGGCAGCGCCCGACUUCCCCGUAGGGCCCCGCCUCGGAGCGGGCGGAGGUGGAGGAGACCGAGGAGCAGGAUGGCGGCCUCGGCCCUGUACGCCUGCACCAAGUGUACCCAGCGCUAUCCCUUCGAGGAGCUCUCCCAGGGCCAGCAGCUCUGCAAGGAAUGUCGGAUUGCGCAUCCUAUUGUAAAAUGUACUUACUGCAGAUCAGAGUUUCAACAAGAGAGCAAAACUAAUACAAUUUGUAAGAAGUGUGCUCAAAAUGUGAAGCAGUUUGGCACGCCUAAGCCUUGCCAGUACUGUAACAUAAUUGCAGCAUUUAUUGGUACGAAAUGUCAGCGUUGCACAAAUUCAGAAAAGAAAUAUGGACCACCUCAGACCUGUGAACAGUGCAAACAACAAUGUGCUUUUGAUCGGAAGGAGGAAGGAAGAAAGAAGGUUGAUGGAAAGUUAUUAUGCUGGCUCUGUACUUUAUCAUACAAAAGAGUUUUACAGAAGACAAAAGAACAAAGGAAGAGCCUGGGAUCUUCCCAUUCAAAUUCAUCAUCUUCAUCUCUUACGGAGAAAGACCAGCAUCAUUCAAAACAUCAUCAUCACCAUCAUCACCAUCACCAUCGUCACAGCAGUGGCCAUCACAAAAUCAGCAAUCUGAGUCCAGAACAAGAGCAGGGACUGUGGAAACAGAGCCAUAAAUCCUCUGCAGCAAUUCAGAAUGAAACUCCAAAGAAAAAGCCCAAAUUGGAAUCUAAGCCAUCUAAUGGAGAUAGUAGCUCUAUAAAUCAGUCAGCAGAUAGUGGGGGAACAGACAAUUUUGUCCUUAUAAGUCAACUGAAAGAAGAAGUGAUGUCACUUAAACGUCUCUUACAGCAGAGAGACCAGACCAUUUUAGAAAAAGAUAAAAAGUUAACUGAACUAAAGGCAGACUUUCAGUACCAAGAGUCAAACUUGAGGACAAAGAUGAACAGUAUGGAAAAAGCUCACAAAGAAACUGUGGAACAACUUCAGGCCAAAAACAGAGAACUACUCAAACAGGUUGCUGCAUUGUCAAAGGGUAAAAAGUUUGACAAAAGUGGAAGUAUACUAACAUCCCCUUGAGAAAGUUAUUGAUUUAAUGCUUCUGCUGAAAAUGUAAAUUUUAAAAAAUUUCAGUAAAGCCCUUAAAUUCUGUGUAGUGAAAAAAUAUUUUUGCACACCAAAUGAAUUGGCAUAUUUCCUAUUCACUUUUGUAACUGAUAAGCAUUUUUAAGUUGUAAAACAUCCAAAUAAAACUUCAACUGGUUUGAAGUAACUUUAUAUUAUUUGAUAUCCAGGAACUUUUUUGCCAGCAAUAGUAUUAAACAGUUGUAAAGGAGUGCAUGAGUAGUGCUUUUUAUAAAAUGUAACAUGCAAUAAUAGAGUAGGUAUGGUUUUAAGAAAUCAUAGCAGCAGGGUUUUGCUUUGUUUUUUUGUUUUACACCAUGCUAAUUUCAAAUAAACAGUUUUCAAUUUAGAAAUACAAAAGCUUUUAAACAAGGAAAAUGGUGAACACUGGGUUUUUUUUUGGUGAUUGUUUUUUCACUUUGCAUCAACAUUGAUUUAGGAAUCAUGGUGCUUUUAUUAAAUGAACUUCAGAGAAUAUGUAAAUAUGUUUUUAAAUUUACAUAAUUAACAUUAGUUAGUAUACUAGUAUUUUCAUUAUUGGAUUAGGAAUUAAUGUUUAUUGUACAGUACCCAAGGUAAAAUGUGUUUUGUUUUGUAUAAACUGUGGAUUUUUACUUACAAGUGCCUUUUUGCCACCUAAUGUUUUUAUUUAUAGGAAUGUUGAUCUUUUGUACAUAGUUGUUUUAAAAUCAUGUUUAAUAAAUGUUUGUAUAUAAAUGCAUAUGUAUAGGAGCCUAUUUCAAAAGGAAAUCAAACUUGCUAGUAAAAUGUUUGAGGUUGCAUUAAGAACUGAUUAUGCAUAUAAACUUUAGAUGAUUUUAUGGUUUGUUUCUGUGUAAAAUGGGAAGUUGUUGGUCAUUGAAUUCAUUGAAUUAGUCAAAAUACUUCCCAAAGAUUUAAUUUUAAAUCACUUCUGAUAGAGUAAUUUUAUUUUUAUGUGAUAUGGCUUCAUGUUCAUAUUUUAUAAGUUACAUGUUUUGAUUUAUUUUUCUUUUAUAAAAAAUUUAAAAAUUUAUAAUUUUUCUGCAGUGGUCCAUAUAUAUGCUUUCCUUAUAAUAUGUGGUUAUCUAAGUUAAUAUUUAUGUACACCAUACUUAAUUUGUAAGUUUAAAGCAAAUCUGGAAAAAAUUAAAUAACUUUUAAAUCAAUCUGUGACUAUCUUUGAAUAAAUUGGAAUCUUAUUUAAGAUUCAGGUACUAUUUAUAAGAAAAUUAUAUGAGAGUCUUUAAAAUUGUCUAUAAAAGAUUAAGGUAGGGUGGGAUAGGUUAUGGGAAGUUAUUGACUAAUUAUAUUCUGAUCCAUCUGUUUUCAGCCUGUAAUGGAAUUGAUGGCCUACUUAAUAUAUGCCAGUUCAGACUUGUAUUUAAAUUUUAAAGCAUCAGGCAUUGCUAGUAUAUUGGAUAGAGUGGAAGAGUUCUUUCUCUUAGGAAUUUAUGAGCAGGGUAAAUUUGUUUCAAGUAAACUGAUUAUUAAAUUUGUCAAUUUUGGAAAGGUUUGUUUUUAAGCAAGCAAUGAUUAUGAAUCUCAUCAAAGGUCAUCUUUUCUCAGAACACAGGAUAAUUGUAAUUGUAAUAUGACUCAUGUUUCAGUAGAUUAUUCCUAUGGUCAUUCAUUAUAAAGUAAUAUAAAAUAAUUCCUUGCCAAAUUUGAAAACAUAAUCUAGGGUAAUUUUCAAGUGAUAGCAAAAGACUGAAUCUGUAAGACUUGGAAGAACUAAACCAGUUUAUUUUUAUGAGAUCCUUAUAUGUAAUGUUCUUCAUAAAUUUCAGUACUUUGAACAAUGCUAGAUACUGCCUCCUUAUCACAGAUUUUAAUAUUUUAUAUUCUGAUUAUAGUCAUUUGACAAUCCACUGUGGUUAUUAUGGUUUUAAAUUAAGAUGUAUAGUAGUUCUUACACCUUUUUGGAGCUGCUGCAAAGGAAAGGUGCCCCUUCCCACUUUUUUAGGUAACAUUGAAAAUUGAAAAUCAAUCUAAAUAAUUAAACUUUGCUAAAAUCUUUUAGGGGUUUCACAGUAUUUAGCACUAAUUAAAUGCCCUCUCUUUUUCCCAUGACUUUAUUUUAUCACUUAAAAUUAUUUCAGUUGUAUUAGUAAUUGAGUCCCAGUCCCGGAUCUAUAGUGUAUUGACAUAAUGAGCUGAUAUUCUUUAAAUGUGGACCUGUAAGGAGAUACUAUGGUGUGCUGUAUUGUGCUUUUUAGCCUGUUUUCAGCUAUUAGCAUUUACCAGUGUGGAUCAUUUUGGCUCAAGCUAUUUACGUAUUAAUAGCCUGUGAAUAUUACAGUCCUUUUUAGAUUGUAUUGGUCUAAAUAUGCAUUCUGAGGUGAACCUGUUAAGCUGUUCACAUGUAUAGACUUAAAAUACUGUACUUGUACACAUCCAACUGUUGACAUUUUGUACUUUUUUCUAAAUCUAAUAUUUCACAAUAAAACUUGUCAAAAGCUU